CAGGAAGUAAAGAUAUGGCUAAAGGAGAGGGGAAACACUUCACUAAAUGAACUGACAGAUAAAACUUAUUUCUGUCACGACACACACUUUUCCUGCUUCUCCGGGUCUGUUUUAUUAGGAGACUCUGUCGGGAACUACUAUUUACUCUCUUAUCGGGAAAUUAAGUUUGGGCUUGCCCUGGGACAGUGGCCCUAAAGUAUUUCCUCAAACUUACUCAGGCUAAAGGAUAUCCUGUUCUUCCAGAGCAGGUGAGAGAAUGGCAGAGAAGGUGCUGGUCACAGGUGGAGGAGGCUACAUCGGUAGUCACUGUGUGGUGGAGCUCAUCGAAGCGGGUUACCAUCCAGUCGUGGUGGAUAACUUCAGUAACGCUGUCAGAGGAGAGGGGGAUGUGCCAGAAAGCAUACGGAGGAUAGAGAAGUUCCUGGACACCAGCAUUGAGUUUCAUGAACUAGAUCUUCUGGACCAACCUGGCUUGGAGAAACUCUUCAAAAAGCAUUCCUUCAGUGCGGUGAUGCACUUUGCUGGUCUGAAGGCUGUUGGCGAGUCUGUGGAGCAGCCGCUACGCUACUACAGAGUCAACCUCACCGCCUCUAUGAACCUGCUGGAGGUGAUGCAGGCUCACAAGGUGCACAAUCUGGUCUUCAGCAGCUCAGCCACGGUGUACGGAGACCCUCAGCGCCUCCCCAUCGACGAGCAGCACCCCGUGGGCGGCUGCACCAACCCCUACGGCCAGUCCAAGUACUUCAUUGAGGAGAUAAUCAAGGACCACUGUAAAGCUGAGAAGGACUGGAAUGCAAUGCUGUUGCGUUAUUUCAACCCAAUUGGAGCUCAUUCCUCCGGCCUGAUCGGGGAGGACCCUCAGGGUAUCCCUAACAACCUGCUGCCAUAUGUUGCCCAGGUUGCUGUUGGGAGACGAGAGUGCCUCAGUGUGUAUGGGAAUGAUUAUGACACACUUGACGGAACAGGUGUACGAGACUAUAUCCAUGUCGUAGAUCUAGCAAAAGGACACAUAGCAGCUUUGAAGAAGCUGAAGGAUGGCUGUGGCUGCAAGGUUUACAACCUGGGAACGGGGACGGGCUACUCUGUGCUCCAGAUGGUGAAGGCUAUGGAGAAGGCAUCAGGGAAAGAGAUCAAAUACAAAAUUGCACCACGUAGGGAAGGAGACAUCGCAUCCUGCUACGCUGACCCUCGUCUCGCUGACAAGGAGCUGGGCUGGAAGGCCAAAUUUGACCUGGAACGAAUGUGUGAAGAUCUGUGGCGCUGGCAGUCCAAGAACCCCACAGGAUUUUCCGAUGGCACCGCCUCUUGAUGCAACUCAGACUUUUGCUGUUAUUGAAUCCUCUCCUAAAUCAUCGGGCCAAAGCAAACCAUCAACUUCCUCUUUAUUGCAUUUCAUAUAAACAUCAUGUGAUUCAGCUGCUUUAUACUAUGUAUUCUCUAUUAACUAAUGAACAAAUGUUUGAUUUCUCAGAUUAAAAAUGGGUGUUUUCUCCAAUAAUACUGUAUGUAUUGAUCUGUGAGCCAUAACACUGAAAGAAUAAAUAAAUUAUCAUAUUAA